UUGGUUUGGUUUGGUUUGGUGUUGAGUGUUGACCAAUGAAAGUCCUGUUUUACCGGAGCUUUUCAAUUUUACGCUGCACGGCUGCACCCUUUUCCACUGAAGCGUACUCCGAAUCCUCCAUUGAAGCGGCUUCUGAGCUAUCUAUCCUCCAUUGAAGUAGCUGCUCAGCUUUCUUUCGUCCAUUGAAGCAAGCUUUUGAGGCUUAGUAUCCAUUUGUGAACACCAUGAUUUGAACCAAGUACAUUUCCUACCAGGGUCCAGGGCUUGAUAGCUGGUUGCUGUUUGCCAUGGCGCCUAAAGCUUAAGCCACAUACUUUGGUUUCUGUUCUAAAACCAGCUUAAUUGAUUCAAAUGGUGACCAAUGUCCCUAUUCCUACAAGGAUUCGUCCACACUAUCUUCUACAUUUGUGAACAGCUUAAUCUGAUACAAACUUAAGUUUUACACAUAGCAAUGGCUGCUGCUGCUGAUACUACAACCUAUGAUGAGAAUUCUGAAUACGUGGAUCCUGAUUGGACUGUUGUCCUACCUCGGAAAAGUAGAAAAUGUCAGUCUAAAGUGUCUCGCACAGAGAAAGAGGUAAAAGAACAGUCAUUUGCCCCACCUGACCUUGAAAUCAAUCAAGAGAGAGAGUCAAAAUUAAUGCAGAAAAUUGAGAGUAGCUUGAAGAAACUUGAGAGCUCCAAGUUUUUUGACCUUUUCUUGAGUCAGAUUGAAGACCCUGAAGUCUUCAAUUGUUUUUCCAGGGUUUUAGGGUCUGAACCAAAUAUGAACAUGGUGGUGUAUGGUAUAGGCAGCAUUGAGUCUUUUGAAGCUCCGCGGUUGCAGCUUUGUUUAGUGAUCUUGAUGAAGAGAAAGUUUGAAUGGGUAGGUAAUAUCGAGGUAUUUGAUCCGGUUCUAUCUGGGACUGAAACCCGUGUUCUGGAAUCUUUUGGCUGUUCUGUCAUAUCAGUGAAUGAGGAAGGUAGAAGACAGGCUUUAAAACCCACAUUAUUCUUCAUGCCUCAUUGCGAGGCUUUAUUGUAUCACAAUUUGCUAGAGGUAAAUUGGAAUGUAGAUAUGUUGAGAAACAUGGCGCUAUUUGGAAACAGUUUUGAGUCGUACGAACAUCACAAUUCUGUAGUCAAGGACUACAUAGCUUCUCCAUACACGAAGCGUAUCCUGGCUUCUCGGAGCUUUGCGAAGGAGUUCAGAGUCAAAACAGGGCCAGAUGAUCAUAAUAGAGCCUUUUAUGAAUCCAGUUGGCUUUUUUUCAACCCUAAUGAUGAGCAUGAGGUGCCCAUUAUCUAGUUAAUAACUGAACCUGUAAGUGGUGUGUGUGAUAGCUGUCAACUUAUUGCAUUAUUAAACAGCACAAGUUUGCAGCAGGUGCACAACACAAUUGUUGUAUCAUUUAUUCAUUUGUAACUCUUUUAUAACAUGUAUCAGAACUGUUUCACACGUCACCUGCGAUUUUGCUGUGAAUCCUGUGAUUGUUUUUUCAUCAUAUGAUAAAUGGCUUCACCCAGGUAAUUGAUCAAGAACUGCACAAACAUUUUCCUCCUAAUGUACGCCUGCAUGAGUUUGAUUCUUUAAUUUUCUUUGAAUAAUGUGCACAGAAUGAUAAUGUUGUUACCCGCUCUA